AUGUCACCAGAGACGCCACAGAAUGAUGCAGCUGACGAACUUUCAAUUCAAAUUCAAGCACCAAUUAUGAAUGCAUUGCGUGAAGCACAAACAGAAUAUCCGGAAGAUAAUGAAGACCAUGACGAAACAAGUCGUUUGUUAUCACCAAACGAAAAUUCACAAAAACAAGUUGAAACAACUGGUUCUACAAGAAAUAAGCGAGGGAAACAUUUUUAUAAUUCAAGAACUUUCAUUAAACUAGUUUUAUUGAUAACGUUUAUUGUGAUAAUUGUGAUUCUUUUGGUCGUCUUUAGAAUUCAAGAUCAUAUCAAAGAUUAUCUGGAACUUAUUGAAAAACAUAAGAAAUAUGGGAUCUUGAUUUAUCUAGCCAUCUACACUAUUUGUAUAUGGUUAUUUUUACCGGGGUCUUUAAUAAGCAUUGCCGCAGGUUUUUUGUUCAAACCUGCAAUAUUAGCCGGUGCCAUUAUCAUUGUUGGAGAUAUUUUUGGUGCUUUCGGUACAUUUAUUUUUGGUAGAUACGUUUUUUCAGAUUGGGUAAAGGCUCAAAUUAAAAAGAAACCGAUGUUUACGGCACUCGAUAGUGUUAUAACAGAUGAAGGAUGGAAGAUUGUUGUGAUGCUACGGUUAACUCCGAUACCUUUCAACCUAAUAAGUUAUUUCUUCUCAGUAAGUUCUAUCGAUCUUUUUCCUUUCCUCUGGGCGACUGCCCUUGGUGUUUUGCCCGGAACUUUUAAUGCUGUUUGGAUUGGGUCGCUGGUAAAGAGCUUGAGUCGGAUUGAUAAACCAAAAUUAGAAAAUAAAGACAUUGUCAUUAUUACGAUGAAUUUUAUCUUUGUAGCAUGUUGUGUGAUUGCUUUAUCUAUUCUUGGUAAACGAUCAUUAAGAAAAGCAAUGAUCAAAUUGCAAGCAUCAAAAAUGACAGAAUCAGACUUCAAUCAUGAUCUUCGAUCUUCUAUUGGCUCAUCAUCAUCUCCUCAAAUGACGGAUGUUGAAGUUGAAGAAGAAUCUCCUAUGAAUUCACGAGCUGGAUUUACACGUACAGAAAGAAUAAUUCUUUGCCUUAUCGGCGUCGUCUCGUUCCUUAAUAUUGCAAUAUCGGUGCCAUUAUAUUUUUAUUUUCGUUCAAUUGAAGAAAAUAAUUCUGUAUAA